GCGCCUGGGCGCGAGGAGGGGUGAGGGCGCGGGUCCUGGCGGCGCGGAAAACGCGCCAAGUUUCCCGUGGUGGGGAGAGCGGCGCCGGGGCGCCCCGUGGUCUCCAUAGCAACCGGCGGGCGGCGGCGGCCGCCCGCGCCGAGCCAACAUGUAGCGGUGUGAGCAGCGAGCGCAGCUUCCCGGCCGGCCUGGCCGCCUCCCCCGCUCACCUGCCCGCCCGGAAAGAUGCCCGGGGUCUUGCCGAGUGACAGCACCGGGCCUCCGAGAGGGAGCCCCUCGAAGAAGAACAGGCUUUCGCUGAAGCUCUUCCAAAAAAAGGAAGCGAAAAGAGCACUGGAUUUCACGGAGUCUCAGGAAAAUGAACAAAAGAGUUCAGAAUUCAGAGGCUCUGAGAUUGAUCAAGUUGUUCCUGCAGCACAGCCUCCGUCGCUCGUUAGCUGUGAGAAAAAAGACAACAUGUUGCCUUUUGUGGGUUUGAACAAUCUGGGUAACACUUGUUACCUUAACAGCAUACUUCAGGUAUUAUAUUUUUGUCCUGGUUUUAAAACUGGAGUAAAACAUUUAUAUAAUAUUAUUUCAAAGAAGAAAGAAUCUUUGAAGGAUGAAGGAGAGCAAAAAGCAGAAAAGGGAAAUUGUAGAGAAGAUCCACUGGCAAGUUACGAACUAAUCUGCAGUUUGCACUCAUUGAUUCUUUCAGUUGAGCAGCUUCAAGCCAGCUUUCUCUUAAAUCCAGAAAAAUACACAGAUGAACUUGCUACUCAGCCACGAAGACUACUAAAUACCCUUAGAGAGCUCAACCCUAUGUAUGAAGGCUACUUGCAACACGAUGCCCAGGAAGUUCUGCAGUGUAUCCUGGGUAACAUCCAAGAAACGUGUCAGCUACUGAAGAAGGAAGAAUUGAACAAACUGCCCGUGGAAGAAUCUACAGCUAAACUGGAGGAAAAACUUAACCAAAAUACUGAGAGCAAUGGAACUGGCAACCAUGCUGAGGAGGAAGAGAAUGUACCAAGUAACCACGUUGGAGAGAUAGCUGAAGACAAGCUACUCAAAGGAAAUGGGAAAAGAAAAAGCGAUGCUGAGGGUGGCAAUGUAAAGAAAAAAUCCAAAGUAUCAAAAGAGCAAAUUGCAGCAGAAGAAAAUCAAAGACAAACCAGGUCAAAGAGGAAAGCAACAGGAGAAAAGCUAGAAAAUCAAACUGACGACAUUGCCAAGUGUUCCAGUGAAAACGAGAGUGCAAAGCCAACACAGAAGAAGUCACGGCUUAGAUUAAACUGGUUAAAAUCUUCAUGCAAACAGCCUAGUAUUCUGUCUAAAUUUUAUAGUCUAGGAAAGUUAACUACAAACUUGGGAUCCAAAGACCCAGGGAAAGAAUAUGAAGACUGUGAGCUCGAAGAGUCAUCUGUAAAGUGCGAAAAUGGUAUCAAUAUCAAAGAAGAAUAUCGUGAACCAGCGUCUCCUGUGGAAAGCCAUAGUGAAAAAGGAACUGAAAAAGAACCAAAAAAGGAAGGUACAGAGCUGGCUGUUUUUGAACUAGUGGAGAAACUGUUCCAGGGCCAGUUAGUACUGAGAACAAGAUGCUUGGAGUGCGAGUGCUUUACUGAAAGAAGAGAAGAUUUUCAGGACAUCAGUGUUCCAGUGCAAGAAGAUGAACUUUCUAAAACUGAAGAGAGUUCUGAAAUUUCUCCAGAGCCAAAAACAGAAAUGAAGACUCUUAAAUGGGCAAUUUCACAGUUUGCGUCAGUGGAAAGGAUUGUGGGAGAGGAUAAAUAUUUCUGCGAAAACUGUCAUCAUUACACAGAAGCAGAACGCAGCCUUUUAUUCGAUAAAAUGCCUGAAGUUAUAACAAUUCAUUUGAAGUGCUUUGCUGCUAGUGGCUUAGAGUUUGAUUGCUAUGGUGGACUGUCCAAGAUAAACACUCCCUUACUGACGCCCCUCAAACUGUCGCUAGAAGAAUGGAGCACAAAGCCAACCAACGACACCUACGGAUUAUUUGCAGUGGUAAUGCACAGCGGCAUUACAAUUAGCAGUGGACACUACACAGCUUCUGUCAAAAUUACAGAUCUCAAUAGCCUAGAGUUAGAUAAGGGAAAUUUCAUCACUGACCAAAUGUAUGAAAUGAUUAAACCAGAACCGCUGAACGAGGAGGAGGCAAGAACUGUUGCUGAAGACUACGAUGAUGGCGAAGUCUCUUUUAGAGUCAAUGGAAACACGCAGCCAGGUAAAGUUCUGAACAAAAAGAACAUGGAAGCUGUCGGACUUCUUGGGGGGCAGAAGAGCAAGCCUGACUGUGACCUGUACAACAACAAACCAGCUAACCCGGAGAAGUUUCUAAGCGUAGUUACGGAAAGCAGGAAUCCCGACUCUAGCAGUACUAACGGGAGCGCCGAGUGCAGCACAGAACACAGCGAGCCAAACGGUGUUGCUGCCAGCGGACUGGAAAACAAAGCUCUGUACCUACUGCAGAGCCUGAAGGAGUAUGAAGGGAAGUGGUUGCUUUUUGAUGAUUCUGAAGUGAAGGUUACAGAAGAAAAGGACUUCCUGAAUUCUCUUUCUCCAACAUCAUCGUCUACGUCAACUCCUUACCUACUGUUUUAUAAGAAAAUUGUAGAGUGAUACUGUAUUUUGACUGUAAAUAUUAGGGAUUUGCAUACACCUAUUGGUCUGAUUUGCAUCAAAACUACCUGGAAGAAGAAGCAGCUGUUUGUUUUGAAGCUACUGGAUGAUAAUGUUUCUGGUCUUUCUGUUCGGUGUAAGUGGCUCAACUUGAAUUAACGAACCAUGACAUAGAACUUAACUCACACAGUAACUUUUAUGCUGGAGAAUAGUGAUAUUACCCUUUAGAAAUACCAAUUUGUAUAGUUCCUAAAUGAGGCCUACAGUACACGGUAGUGGUUUUAACACAACUCUAGUUCUCUGCCAUGCCUAUUGUAUUAUUAGCGCUUUUUUUUAAUAAAAGUUAUUUGUAUUCAUAUUCUGGAGUAAAUGUAUAUUAACUAGCAAAUUUCAUCAGAAGGUGUGUAUUUUUGUAACUUGGGAAGUAAUACUUCAUAUUUAGUCUUUGGGUAAUCGACGUGGUUUAUUCUCCUUAUCCAGUUCUAUACUGCUCAAUGCAACUCAAAGCGCAAGGAAAGGGUCUUGUAACCUUGUUUCGUGUAUUGGAAGGAACUGAACUCAAUAGAAAUGUUUGGAUGGUCUAAUUUGCAUCUCGUUGCAUAGGUGUUAAAUGGGCAAAGUGUAAAUAGGUGUGAUUAAUACUUCAAAACAGGGGGAGCGUGUAGUGUAAUUAAAAUAAUUUUGUACUUUUAAGAGUAAAGCCCUCUAAUAUGCAUAUCUGUUUGGGUGGAUUUGGAACUUAGUGGUGACCUUAUAACAGUUAAUUUGUACUUGGUGCCCACUGAAAUGUGGGGAAAUGAAAGCAUUUGGCUUUGAUGCUUUGUUAAGAAUGUAUAUAUGAAAUAAAAAAUUUAUGAUAUGCAUCUGA